CUCCACCACCAAGUAGAGGGAUAGUUUACUGCAGUCUGAAGACCCAAAAGUGUCUCUGGAUCCAAAAGUGCCAAUGGUCUGGGCACCCGAUCCCUGGCCAGACAAUCUUGGCCAAAACACAGAUUUCUUCAAAUCCCGGUCCUUCUGAUGAUGAUGGUUUAUUUUGAGCCUUUGGUUUUUGAAGCCUGUUAACAUCACCUGUUGGAAACGGGAGGGCUGUUCUAGCUGAGAUAAAGCUGGAAUUUCGGAGAGUUCCUGCUGCUGCCUCAAAUGCCUAGCGGAACGAUGGGGGACGAGUCUGUGAAAAAUAAUGUCGUAAGUGAGAAUGACGAUGACUAGCAUCUAGAAGAAAAAAAAAGACAAGGCCUGAGGUUUGUCUCUCUUUCGCUGUCUGUACCUCCCCAGUGUAUUCCGAGUGCUUGAAGAGGUUGCCUUGAAGCUGUAAAAUGAGACGAUCGCAGCUGCUCUUCCAGGCACCUUCUGGCAGGGCAAUUCUGGAAGCCAAAACAGCUUGGAGAAUUCUGUUUCGCUAAAAAUAACAGGAAGAAGCACCCUGUGAGUAGUCACUUCUUUGCCUGGAAGCAACAGGUCUCCAGAUUGGACCCCCCAACCCUUCACCAAUUUGGGGAAGAGAACAAAGCUUCCAUCCCAUCGUUCUUCUCGGCGGCCUCCUGAACUGGAGAUUGCUGGGAUUAUUUUCUGCAGCCCAAAUCUCAGGGGAAGCCAGGAGGCGAUAUUGAAGAUCCAGGGUUGAUGCUUCUUGUAUUCAUGGACAACGAGCCAGAAAGAAGCGUGGCAUGGAUUAAUCCAGGAUUUUUCUAAAACCUACGGUGGUCUUUGAGAACAAAGACUAGCCUCACAACUUUCAGCUCUCCUCUUUCUCUGAUUAAGGGUUUCCCUCCUCUUCAACCCUCCUCCCCCCCGAUCUACGAGAGAAGGAAAAGAGCCACAACAAAGGGGAAAAGAAAAAGGACCAAAGAAAAGGAAGAGGGGAGAAAAAAGCCCCAUCCAUCCAUCCAUCCAUCCAUCUCUCUCUGUGUGCGCGCGCGUCUCUCUUAUUCCCUGAUUUCUUGGAAACCUGGUUCGCUCUGCCACGCGGUAUCCUGGGGGAUCUUUACAACCAAACUGGGAUCUAUGAGCGGGAAGGUGAUCAAGCCGAAGGAAGACAAAGAUGCUUCUAAAGUUAUGGAUGACGCCUCUCCUGGCACACAGGAAUAUAUUAUGUUACGGCAAGACUCCAUCCAAUCUACGGAGCUAAAGAAAAGACAGUCCCCUUUCCGAACUAAAUGCCAUGAAAUCUUCUGUUGCCCUCUGAAGCAAGUCCACCUCAAAGAGAAUACAGAGCUGGAAGAACCACAGCUGAAAGGCAUCAUCACAAAACUUUACAGUCGGCAAGGAUAUCAUUUGCAGUUGCAAGCAGAUGGAACCAUUGACGGAACGAAAGAGGAAGAAAGCACAUAUACUUUGUUCAACCUCAUCCCUGUGGGCUUACGAGUGGUGGCUAUCCAAGGGGUUCAGACAAAGCUGUAUUUAGCGAUGAACAGUGAAGGCUACUUGUACACAUCAGAACACUUCACACCAGAAUGCAAGUUCAAAGAAUCCGUUUUUGAAAAUUAUUACGUCACGUAUUCUUCCAUGAUCUACCGGCAGAUGCAGUCAGGAAGAGGCUGGUACUUGGGUCUCAACAAAGAAGGCGAAGUCAUGAAAGGGAAUCAUGUGAAGAAAAACAAACCUGCUGCCCACUUCCUCCCCAAACCGCUCAAAGUGGCCAUGUACAAAGAACCCUCCCUCCACGACCUUACCGAAUUCUCACGGUCUGGCAGUGGCACCCCAACGAAAAGCAGAAGCGUCUCCGGAGCUUUGAACGGUGGCAAAUCUAUGACCCAGAACGAAUCGACGUAGCCAGGAUGGAAAAGCUAGAGGAGAGAAGAAGCAUCCAUGGGAACUUUUACCUCUAGAUCCGUUGUGGAACCCUGAUUUUUGCACCUACCGUUCAGCCCUUCCCGACAAGCCAACAAACUGGGAUAGCUCUCUUGGCCUUUCAUCCGCGACUUUGGACUUUCCGGAGGUCCCCAAAUAACCGUAAAUGAUUCGUGUCAAAGGAAAGAUUUUCCCCACCCCAAUGAUGUAAAACGCGCUUGUGCAAACACAGACCUAGCCAGACAAACACGAAGCAAUGACCUCACAUUGCAUCUGCCUUUACCUCUCCCCCUCGCUUACGCUCUUGGGGAGAAGAAGAAAAAAAUCCACCACAUUUAAAAACACAUUUUUGCUUUCCAGCCAAGACAGAAACCCUGUCAAAGUUUGUUCUUCUUUUUUUCUUUGCUCUUUGAAGGGAAUUUCAGUAUUUAGUGUUUUAUAUAUGAAUGGUUCAGAGAGAGGAAGGGGGACUUUGUACAUCCUCUGCUUUUUUUUCGACUUACUAUUUUAUAUAUCAUCAAGCUUGGUAAGGAAAAGAAAUCUGAAUAUAUCUCUUUUUUAUUUUUAUUUGAUAUUAUUUUGGGUCUCUUCUCUUGAAGGGGUUUUGAGUUGUGUCUUUACAAGCCAAGCAAAAUCCUGCUAAAAUGCUAGUGUAACCUUGAGGAAAAAUAAUCAAUAAAUCAGGUUUGGAGCCGGAUCGCAGUAGAUCUUAGGCUCCAGCAAAAAAAAAAAGUGUUCUUGUGAUUUUAACACAAACUGAGAUAUAUACAGUUUUUUAUAGAUUUGUAGUCAUCCUUUCCAAGGCCUCAUGCUAAACUCCCAGUCUGUAGGAACCGAGGUGUGUGUUAGUUUCCCCGUCUGUGGAAAAUAGUUAUUUUUUUAAAACAGGAUGAAUCGAGUUCUUCCCACAAUGUAGAUUCCUUUUUUUCCCCUCUUCUUCUCUUAAUUAAAUUUUGUGUAUCAUAUUUAAAAACAAAAAGCAAAACCUGUGGACAUAUACCUUCUUUUUUCUAAAGACAGAAACUGUGGAACUAAAGUGACUUAACUACAUUUUUAUAAGGGAAACCAUGACAUCUUGUUUGUAAACAUCUUUCCUUUCCCUGAAAAUGUGGGUGGAGAAUGAAGAUUAUCCACGGAUAAGUUGGGAAAAAGUCUACAUGGAAAGGAAUUGCAAUCCAGCCUGUUGAGGUCACUGGGAUGGAAGGAAGUGAGGUGGCGGUUCAUCUCUCCUGGCCUUGCGUUGAGAGAGAAGAAGCCGUUGAGACAGGAAAGGACUGGGGGAUGUCAUACCAUCUGGCUGGAAAUUGGGUAGAUCAUGAUGGAAGAAAAAAAGGUACAGGCAUCAUCACAUGGAAUUUUUCUGAAUCCAAUAGAAGGGAAUCUUUGUAGCUCAUGGUUGAACUGUGGGGUCCUUGGUGCUCUCUGAGCUUGGUGGGGGGGUUUUGUGGAUGUUUCAUGAUCCAACCUGGUAACAUCAUCAGGGCAGGUGGCAUCUCCAUCAUCCAGCACCAAUGAUGUUACCUAGUUGAGUCAUGACACAUCUACAAGAAAACAAACAAACUCAGAGAGCACCGAGGACUCCACUUCCUGAAUCCUUAUUUUCUAUUUGCAAGAGGCUGGAAUUGCAUCUUUCCUUCUUUGUUUUUUGUUUUUUUUUUUUUAAGGAAACAGAAAUAAUGCAACCAGGGAGAGAGAGAAAGUUAAGUUUAUGUUUAGUUCAUCAUAUCUCUUGCAUGAGAGGAAGUUGGAUACUGGCUUCAGAAGUUGCAUGACCUGUUUAAGAUUUUGUGCAUUGCUCUCUGUCAAAGAUAACAUGUGCAAAGCAGAUAUGGGCCAGGAUGAGCUGUUUCCUGUCGCUUUGUACAGAGGAGAUGUUUAUUAUUUGUUGUAUACAACCAUGCACUGAAUAAACAAAUUUAUAUUAA